UCUUCCCCUUCUACUCAGAUUUAGCAAAGCAGCAUGCAGACGACGGAUCUUCUUCGUCUUCUUCUUCGCCAUCCACUCUGCUGCUCACAUGGCUACUCCCAAAGCAAUGAAGCCCAGAUCAAGACCCCGCAUCUCAGCUUCCCUAGUUUUCAUCUGCAUCGCAGUGAUCGCCUUAGUAUUCCUUCUCUGCUCUCUAAGUUCCACCAUCGGCUCCUCACUCUCUCCCUACGGAACCUCGGAAAUUGUGGCUAGAUGGGGUCGUCCGAAGCACCAGCACUCCCUCCACGACAAGUACUUGUACUGGGGAAACAAGAUUGAUUGCCCGGGGAAGCACUGCGACUCUUGCGAAGGACUGGGGCACCAAGAAUCGAGCCUCAGAUGUGCCCUAGAAGAAGCAAUGUUUCUUAAAAGAACUUUUGUCAUGCCUUCUAGGAUGUGUAUUAAUCCGAUACACAACAAGAAGGGGAUUCUUCAUCAAUCUGGAUCUGGAAAUGUUACUUCUGAUGAAGGGUGGAAAGCAUCUUCUUGUCGGAUGGACUCUUUGUAUGAUAUAGAUCUGAUCUCAGAGACUGUACCUGUAUUAUUGGACAAUUCAAAAAUGUGGUAUCGAGUUUUAUCAACCGGCAUGAAGUUGGGAGCUAGAGGAAUUGCCCAUGUUGCAGGGGUUAGUCGGAAGGACCUUAAGGAGCACAAGCAGUACUCAAAUCUUCUGCUUAUUAACAGAACAGCUAGUCCUCUUUCAUGGUUUAUGGAGUGCAGGGAUCGAAAUAAUCGCAGUGCUAUCAUGUUGCCUUAUUUGUUUCUCCCUUCAAUGGCAUCAAAGCCAUUAAGAGAUGCCGCCAACAAGAUUAAGGCCUAUCUUGGUGAUUAUGAUGCCAUACAUGUACGUCGGGGAGACAAAAUAAAAACCCGCAAGGAUAGAUUCGGGGUGGAAAGGAGCCUGCACCCUCAUCUGGACAGGGAUACCCGCCCUGAAUUUAUUCUCCGCAAAAUCAAAAAAUGGGUCCCAACAGGACGAACUAUCUAUAUUGCUUCUAAUGAGAGGACACCAGGAUUCUUCUCUCCCAUGUCUGUUAGGUAUAAGUUAGCUUACUCUUCAAAUUAUAGUAGAAUCAUCGACCCUGUAAUUGAGAACAACUACCAACUGUUCAUGGUUGAGAGGCUUAUCAUGAUGGGAGCCAAGACAUUUAUCAGAACAUUCAAGGAGGAUGACGCUGAUCUUGCCCUCUGUGAUGAUCCAAAGAAGAACACAAAAGUGUGGCAAAUACCUGUUUACACUGCGGACGAAGAGGCAAGCUAACUCAAUGGACUCGAAUCAGAGUUUGUUUUCCGCCUUCACCAAGGCACUGUCAUAAUUCUUUUAUUGAUGGAGCUGGCUGUUAUGCUUUUUGUGGUUGACCACGUAUGCAAUGAAUCGAUGGUAGCAUGUACUUGCAUAGCAUUCACCAGCAGUUAAUUGGAGGAAAGCAAGAUCAAGAGAGAAAUCAGAGGAAAGGUUAUCAGCGAGCUGUAAAUUCUGCUCUUCUUAUGUUGUACAAUGUCGGACAAAGAGGGAGAAUGCAUCUUUUUUUUUUUUUCCCUGCUGAAUGAGAAAAGAUUGAAUGUUAAAGUAGCACCGCUCAAGUUCCAACUCCCCUAGCUCUUUAUAUUAAGGUGGUAUUUUAACGGCAUAAAUUGCCAGUCAAUGUUGUUUAUGCCAUAGUUAAUUUAGGCAAAACGAUACAGAACCGAACUUCUCUGUUUCUCAUAUUGAGAUAUCCUGUGAAUUUUCCAUCAAA